AUGGUUUUAUUGUUACCAAAAUUUUUGAUAAUUUUUAUAUCAACAAUUGCUUUAUUAAUAACAAUAACAGUAGUAUCAUUAUUGUCUCUUCCAAAGCUUGGAUUAAUACCAGAAAAGAAACAACUUACCGGAUAUUUUUUACACAUUACAGAUUUUCACCCUGAUGCUUAUUAUGAACCAAAUGCUAUAGUAAAAUCAAGAUGCCAUCAAAGAUUAUCAGAGCUUAAAAGACCUGUUUAUAUGAAAAAAGGUAUUUCUGGUCCUUGGGGUGCUGAAGCGACCAUAUGUGAUUCUCCGAUCAGUUUAAUUAAUGCUACUUUUGAGUGGUUGGAAAAAAAUUGGAAAAAUAAGUUGGAUUUUGUUAUUUGGACUGGUGAUAAUUCCAGACAUGAUAAUGAUAAUAAUAUUCCACGUACACCAAAAGAAAUGUAUGAUUCAAAUCAAUUCAUAACAAAUAAAUUUCUUGAAACUUUUACAAAAACUACAUAUACAAAAAAACAUCACCCUCGUCUUAAAACUAUACCAAUAGUUCCUUCCAUUGGCAAUAAUGAUCUUAAUCCAAAUAAUAUUAUUCCUCGUGGCCCAAAUGACAUCCUCACAAAUCUUCACGGAACUUGGUCGCAAUUCAUACCAAAAGGUCAACAUCAACAUUUCCUUAGAGGAGGAUAUUUCUAUACUGAAGUUAUACCUGGAAAACUUAUUGUUGUCUCUUUAAAUACCUUGUAUUUUUAUAAAUCAAAUACUGCCAUUAAUGGUUGUAAAGUUAGGACUCAACCUGGCACUAUUCAAUUUAGAUGGUUGAACAAAGUUCUUAAAAAAGCUAGAAAACAUGGGUUGAAAGUUUAUUUAACAGGCCAUAUCGCACCAAGAAGAAAUCAAUACAUACUAACAUGUUAUAAAAAAUAUGGAAAAUUGGCAAUUAAAUAUCAUGACCUUAUUCUGGGUCAUUAUUAUGGACAUUCAAACAUGGAUCAUUUCUUUUUUAUUGGCUCUAAAAAUAAUAGUGGUGAUUCAUCUAUUUUAUCACACAAAUCACAAACAACCAAUCAAUUGAAUUUCCAAUCAUCACAAACAAAUAUUAAUGAUGAUGAAAACAAACAAUUUCAUACUAAAGUUUAUAAUGUUGACAACUCACCUGCACAUUCAAAUACAUUUCUAACCCCGUUAGGUUACACACAAUAUUUCAUUAAUCUUACAGAAGCCAACCAAUAUCCAAAUAUCACACCAGAAUUUAAAAUCGAAUAUACUACUUGGGAUGAUUAUAAUAUGAAAGACUUGACUGUUCCAAGCUGGAUUCACUUGGCCAGAAAGGUUGCUAACCAAGGCCUAAAAGGUUCAAUAUGGGAAAAAAUUAGGGAACAUUUGAUGGUUGGUGCAAGGUCAAUAAUUGAGCAACAUAAAUCAAAAUGUAAUCAUUCUAGAUGCAUAUCUAAAG